CCGCACCUCCUCGCUGUCUCCGGUGACGCGCGCAAAUAAGAAUCUCGAAAAUCUCACCCCUGUCAACGCCGUCUCCUCUCGCAAUCUGCUGUCGCUAGUCCGUCCGUCAGACGCCGCCCGCCUCUUGUCCAGCCCGCUCGCCGUCCCUUUGACGGCCUGUACAUCCUUCCCUCUUCGAGCCUCUUCUCCAUCUGCAUUUCUGUAUUCUGCAUCUUCCCCGCGCCCCCGAUCCCUCCCCGUUCCAGAUCAGCAGACGCCCGGGUCCCCUCUUCACAAGGAAGAUCAAGACAUAAUGCCGGAUUUCGGAGAGCACGUCGACAAUGGGAUCUUUGAACAGAUCCUAGAGAUGGACGAUGACGACAAGCGCGAGUUCAGCAAGUCCUUGGUCACCAACUUCUUUGACCAAGCUGAGGAGACCUUUGUCAAGAUUGAGGAGGUUUUGAACAAUGAGAAGCUCGACAACGGCAAGAGGCUCGAGACGCUGUCGAGUCUGGGCCAUUUCUUGAAGGGUUCUUCAGCCACCCUCGGUUUCAACAAGAUCAGGGAUUCGUGCCAAAUCAUCCAACAAUACGGUCACAAGCUCACUGUCGAUGGAGCUGCGGAGCCCAACGAACAAGUUUGCCUGGAGAAGAUUCAGGCUGCUCUCAAGACAGCCAGGAACGACAAAAACGUGCUGGCGGACAUGAUGUUGAACGAAACACACGGCUUCUUCCAGCCAGAUGACGAAUAGUGGGAUUCCGGAUGAUUCACAACACUUCCCUCUGGUUUGCCGUGCUCAUAUCUGGCGCUUUUCUUGGGCGACGAAGGCAAGCAUGCCUGCCUGCCUGCCUGCCUGCCUGCCUACGUUGGAACAGCUUCGGCGACACGACAGUAUGGCACUCCUCCGGGCGAGUAGGUCGAGAUGUCAGGGCGCGGGAGGAAAACAAAAGGUACAGCAGUCUAGAAGACGCGAAUCGGAAUAGAAUUCAGGGGCCAUUUAGAUCUAGCCAUUCCGCAGGGCUUGGAGCUAUGGGAGCCAUGAUCACUACACGUGGGCAUUGCGCACCGACGGCGUUCUGCGAAUCAGACGCACGGCUCUGGCUCAUGGGGGCGCUGAAAAGGGCAUUGUGGGAUGUUUACGCGAAGGCUUUGAGAAAUAGCAGGCUCACCAUCCCGAGGUAUAGGCGGGAGAGAUAUUCUAGCAUGGUCUCUGUUUCGGACCCUUUUGCUUGGUAGAAUAUCGGGAUGUUCAAUACGUUGUUUGUCGCUUGGUGGAUCAGGGAGGUAGUCACGGUUCUUAAAGACAAGAGUAGCCUUUGUUAGUAGCGCUUUCCCGGGUAUCGGAUCCGGUUCAUACAGAUAGUACAAAUCAUGUAACAUCCUCAAGUUGUCCUGUCCGUC